CACCACCUCAAGCCCGGUCUCAGGAGCAACGCAAGGCUGCAGCGCCGGUGUAGACUGCAGCUUCUGUCGCAGGCGUCACCAGCGAUUCGCGCGCUCCCUUUGUGGCGCCUCUCCGCCGUGUAGAAGUGGAGGUGCCCGGCGCCUCGCCAGAGCGUCUUCGCCAUGGACGGCGUGAGCAUGGUCUCGCCCGUCGGCAUGAGUGCCUCGACGUGUGGCUACUGCGGGCCGCCCGGUGAACGCUCUGCGGACAAGGGCAGCGUCUCCUAUGGCAUCUGGGCACAUCAACUCACGCCGCAGGCAUAUCAAGACCUCAUUGACCGCGGCUGGCGGCGCAGUGGCAGCUACUGCUACCAUCCGGACAACAGCAGAACGUGCUGUCCCCAACAUCCGAUCCGGCUCAAGGCCAGCUCUUUCAAAGCCUCAAGAUCACAGCGACGAGCGCUCGCUGCGUUCCGCACAGCCAUUGAUGCAGAGCCUGCUUCGUCGAGCCCGUCCGGCUCCAGCUCCAAGUACAGCCAGCCCUUCGACGUCGUCAAGGCGUGGCAGGACAUCGAGAGUGAGCCCGUGACUUCGACGUCGCAAGAUGCGAAAGCGACACAUCUCGAGCGCGGCAGGAUUGCUCUCGAAUGGCGAAGGGCGCGCAAGGCUGGAAGAGCAGACGUGCCAGUCGCUCCUACUCUGCCGCACGUGCAUCCCGGCAAGCGCAGCGCACGACUGCAGGUCACACUCGUGCCAGGCAGAGCGACAAAGGAGAACUUUGCGCUCUUCACGCGCUACCAGAUGGGCGUGCAUCGCGAGAGCGAGGACAAGGUCACGAGGAAGGGCUUUGAGCGCUUCCUAUGCCAGAGUCCCAUUCAGGCGAGUCGCCGGAAUCUCGUGGUGCCGGCCAACGAGAAGAUCCUGGGCCUUCAGCACCACGAGUAUCGCUUGGACGGCCAGCUGAUCGCCGUCGGCGUGCUGGACAUACUGCCGCACUGCGUGUCGUCCGUCUAUCUCUUUUACGACCCCGCCUUUGCACAUCUGCAGCUGGGCAAGAUCAGCGCGCUGCGGGAAAUUGCGCUUGUCGAGCAGCUGAGGCAGCAGCAGCCCAGUCUCGAGUGGUACUACAUGGGGUACUACAUUCCUUCGUGCCAGAAGAUGGCCUACAAGGCCGAGUUCGCCCCUUCGCAAGUGCUCGACACGCGCACCAAUGCGUGGCAUUCGCACGCCGACUUUCUCGCUGCUCGCAGCGUCGCGCCUCAGCUGGAGAGACUUCCGCUGCCGAGCAGCUACGACGGCGACGACGAGGACAUUCCCUGGCCGUCUCCGCCGCCGCUUGGCUUUCUGGAGCCGCAGAGCAUCGAGCCGGCCGGCACGCUCGUCAUGCGUGCCGGCCAGGCGCCGGCAGAUUGCGACAUCCGCGAGGUGUUGGCGGCCCUGCGCAGCCGCGAGGGCUUCGUGAUUGUACUAUGAUUGCGUUGCAUGCGUG